AACUAUGCUACUUUAACGGAACGCAAAACGAGGCCAUGUGAUGGAGACCAUAGACUUUGCUCCAAAGUCAGUCGACAGGAGAGAAAUAACUUAGGAAUGUCUAGGCCAUGGAAGGAUGCUGCCACACUCAUACUGGCAGCCAGAAGGGGGAAAUCUCCUUUGCAGUUAACAUCUCAGAAAUCCCCCAGACAUAUUUACCAGGACUACCAUCUUCUCAUGCUGAAGCGAAGUAGCAAGAGCAAGUUUAUGCCCAGUGCUCAUGUUUUCCCAGGUGGUGUCUUGGACCCUGCUGAUUAUUCUGAAGAAUGGAUGGAGGUAUUCCAAGCUGCAGGUUUCACAACCUCUACAGCCAUCCUGGAACAUUCUGCUGCAGUCAGGCCACCUCUUUAUAAGAAUAACUAUGGGAGUAUUAUUCCCAAUGAAGUGGCAUUAAGAAUAUGUGCAAUAAGGGAAACAUUUGAAGAGUCUGGAAUUCUAGUGGUUAAAAACUAUGAAGACAUUUUUUCCAGUCCCCACAUAGAGCUUGCCAAAACAAUAAGAAAUAUCAGCAGUGAUGUUGCACAAGUUUCAGUGCUUGAGUAUUGGCAGAGGAAAGUUGACGACAGUGCUCAGAAUUUUAUAGGAAUGUGUAAAGAAUUGAAAAUUGUACCCGAUGUUUGGGCUCUUAGUGAAUGGAGUGACUGGCUCACACCUACAGACAUGGCUUUCAAAGUAACAGGACCUGGUCAGAACAGACGAUAUGAUACAAUGUUUUAUAUUGUAUGUACCAAUACUGUACCUGAUACAGCAUUUUGUAAACGAGAGAUGGUUUCCUCUGAAUGGUACACACCAGAUGCAGCUUUGACGCAGUACAGGAAAAGGAGAAUCUGGUACGCACCCCCACAAUUGUAUGAACUGUGCAGACUCAGGAACUUCAACAAGAUCCUUGAUUUACAAAAGUUUGCUGUGAGAAGGGCUUGUUUUGGCAAUGAAAGAUGGUUACCAAUAAGGAUGAACUGUAAAGAUGGGGCAUUGUCCAUUUUACCUCAGGAUUGUUUGUAUGUGGAGGACUGUGAAAAUAACACAGAAACCCCAGAAUUUGAGGAAAGUAUUGAAGAAUUACGCACAAAGGCCACCACCCUCCAUAGGUUUGAAAUUAGGAAUUCAAGUGAUAUUCAAAUAGUAUGUAACGUACAACAACCUUUUGGGCACGUCAAGCCAUUACAGAGCUUUUAUUCUAGUAAACUGUAACAAUGUCAGUGGUUAUUGUGGAAUGCAAAGCAGCAUUAAUGAUAUGUCUGCCAAACUUCUUUUUUUUUUCCAGAAAGCGUUUUGUUACAAUCAUGCAUAUAAGUUAAUACACCAAUACCAUGUAAUAUGCACAGUCAUACAGUUUAUUUCAAUCAUCAUACAAAGAAGAAUAUUAAAAAUAGAUUUGUACUUAAUUUUGACAUAUUGAAUUUUUUUAAAAACAAAACUGGAAAUAAAAAUAAUGUUAUCCUUUGUUUUCUAAGGUCCUACAAUAGUUGUAAGA